AUGCAUCCGCCCGCCAAGUCCCGUGGUGGCAUUGGGAACAACCCCCGGAGCCGCGAAGACAGACCUUGGAAGUAUAUAGAGAGGAUUCCCAUUGACGAGUCCCGUUUUCCGCCGAAUGUGAAGCCGGCGGCCAUCAUAAUCGGAGUGCGUGGAACGAACCACGCGCGGUUACAAGAUGAGUCGGGUUGUUGCGUUCAGUUAAGGGGCAAGGGGAUCUCAUCGCCGGGGACGCCGGGAGCGGAGGAGCCGAUGCAUUUGUGGGUGAAGUACGAUACGCCGGAUCAGUUGGAAAAGGUGCGUGCGGUAUUGGAAGAGAUAGUAAAGAGUUGCGUUCCGAAUAAGGCGGCGGUAACGCGCCCGGUAACGGUGGCAGUGCGUACGCAAUGGCCGGAUGUGUUGCCGCCGAAGCCGUCGGCUCCGCCAGUGAAGCCGUUGGACUGUUUCUACACGAUUCACUACUUCGUGCACGCGGUGCCAAAUGUGACCACGGCUAACUUCGAAACAACUUAUGAACAUUUCUUUGGUUUCCCGUUGGAGGCCAAAUUUGCUGAACUCGGGAAGGGCAGCGUCGUUCAGAGCCUCCUGGUCAUCCCCAAGGUUGUGCGUCUCGAACACACCGGCACCGGCGUCAUUCCGCUCUCGCCUCAGGAACUCCAGCCCAGCGCCGUCUACUACGUCCGCCCCGUGCUACCCAAAGGCAUCCCCGUCGCCGGCUUCCAUCAACACGUCUCACAGAAAGUCGGCCCACCUCUCCUCGCCGCCGCCCCCGCCGUGGUCGCAGCCGUUGCUCCCGCAAGCGCCGCUAGUGCCGCCGCACCUGUCGAAUUCGCAGAACUCUUCGGCAAGGCACUCAACCCCCAAUCACAGGCCUCCCCACAAGAACUCCUGGUGCAAGGCAUCCACGGCAUUUUAGUCCGACAUUUUUUACGCACCGUCCGCCAUCUCGCCGCCAGCGACGACGAAUCACUCCUCCCAGAUCUCGCCCAGAAAUGGCCCGGCGUCCCUCUCAACCUCGUCGCAGACGCCUUUCGGCAAAUGGGGGUUGACUUGUUUGCUGCGCGCUUUGGACGUCCGUCAGUGGUCAGGCUACUUCACGAAACGGCUUGUCCCGAGAUCCUCGACCUCGAGUGGGUGGUGGCGCCUCCGCCCGCCGGGCACCUACUCCACCUCCGGUUUGGUAGAGCAGGCCUGCACCCGGACUUCUCCCCACUGACCCCCACGCCCAGCCGCUAA